GAGUCUGGUAGUACUUCUGCCAAAUAAAAUAUCCUCUUCCUCGCCCUCGUCUGCAUCUACUACUCCGAGAACGCACCAGGGGAGCGGGGUGAGAGCUCCAGAAGCCGUCAUCAUGGUGCAUCCGAUUGCGGAGGCCGACGAGCGGAGCCCCAUGGGCGGGCUCACCGCGGAGGAGUACUACGCGCGCCACGGGGUCACGCACACCUCCUCCACCUUCGUCAACCCGCGCGGGCUGCGGAUCUUCACGCAGCGUUGGGUGCCCAGCGGCGACGCCCCCGUGCUCGGCGCCAUCGCCGUCGUCCACGGCUUCACCGGCGAGUCCAGCUGGAUGGUGCUCCUCACGGCCGUCCACUUCGCCAAGCAGGGCUUCGCCGUGGCCGCCGUGGACCACCAGGGCCACGGCUUCUCCGAGGGCCUCCAGGCCCACAUCCCGGACAUCGCCCCCGUGCUCGACGACUGCGAGGCCGCCUUCGCGCCCUUCCGCGCCGACUACCCGCCCCCGCUGCCCUGCUUCCUCUACGGCGAGUCCCUCGGCGGCGCCAUCGCGCUGCUGCUGCACCUCCGGGACAAGCCCCGCUGGUGCGACGGCGCCGUGCUCAACGGCGCCAUGUGCGGGGUCAGCCCCCGGUUCAUGCCGCCGUGGCCGCUGGAGCACCUGCUGUGGGCGGCCGCCGCCGUGGCGCCCACCUGGCACGUCGCCUUUACCAGGGGGAACAUCCCCGGGCGGUCCUUCAAGGUGGAGUGGAAGCGCGCGCUGGCGCUGGCCAGCCCGCGCCGCACCACGGCGCCGCCCCGCGCCGCCACCGCGCUGGAGCUCCUCCGGGUGUGCCGGGAGCUGCAGGCGAGGUUCGAGGAGGUGGAGCUGCCGCUGCUGGCGGUUCACGGCGGCGACGACACGGUGUGCGACCCGGCGUGCGUGGAGGAGAUGCACCGCCGCGCGGGGAGCAAGGACAAGACGCUGCGCGUGUACCCCGGGAUGUGGCACCAGAUCGUCGGCGAGCCGGAGGAGAACGUGGAGCAGGUCUUCGCCGACGUCGUCAGCUGGCUCAAGGCCCGCGCAGCCGCCGGUCCGCACUCCGCACUACAGUAGUUGGUUAGUGGUUGGGUCACGCGUGGCGCGCGGGCCGUGUCAGUCAGGUACAGGCAGGUGCGUCGUUCCUGUUGGGAGAGAUGGAUCAAUCAUGGAUCAUGGAUCAUGGGCAGGGCGUGCUUGGUGUGUGUGGUCCGUGGCCGGUGCAAGUACGGCCGCAAUAAAAGAUUUUGUUGACUUGUACAUUGAUGAAAUGUGUGAUCUGGUCCUGGUGUUGUGUAGGAGUAUCUUCGUAUUUGCAAGCAAGUGGGCAUGGCUUCUCAUCAAUGAAAAUUUUCAUGCCGUCGUGGUCUC